UCCGUUAUCUGCCGCCUUGCUUGCUUGGAGUUGAGUGCUGUCGUGCCGAAUAAAUAUUAUCAAUUAUUUGAUGAAAUGUAUCUGUUUUGUACGUGAUAAACGCCAUCUUCAAUUUCACGUCACACCCUUAUAUAUAUAAAUCAAUUUAUAUCUAUUCAUUAAUUCCCACCUCUUUGCACUUUAAAUACCAUCCUUCCAAACCAACACUUGCAUCUUCCCCUGCCUCUGUUUGCUUGCUUCAAUGGGAGAUAGCAAUGUCAACCUUCCACCAGGUUUUCGGUUUUAUCCCACAGAUGAAGAACUAGUAGUUCAUUUCCUUCAUAGAAAAGCAUCACUUCUACCUUGCCACCCAGAUGUCAUCCCUGAUCUUGAGGUCUACCCCUACGAUCCAUGGGAACUUGAUGGUAGAGCUUUAGCAGAGGGAAACCAAUGGUACUACUACAGCAGAAGGACACAAAAUAGGGUGACUGGGAAUGGGUAUUGGAAACCAACGGGAAUGGAAGAACCAGUGGUUUCAGGCACAAACAACAAGAGAGUUGGUAUGAAGAAAUAUUUUGUGUUCCAUGUGGGUGAAGCCGCUGCUGGUAUCAAAACCAAUUGGAUAAUGCAAGAAUAUCGUUUAUCAGAUUCUGCUUCCUCAACCAGAUCAUCCAAAAGAAAGUCACAACAAAAAAUGGAUUAUAACAAAUGGGUGAUAUGUCGUGUUUAUGAACGCAAUGGAGACGAUGACAAUGGAACAGAGCUGUCUUGCUUGGAUGAAGUUUUCUUGUCAUUGGAUGAUGAUUUUGAUGAAAUAAGCUUACCAAAUUAGCUGAUUAUGCAAGUGAUGAUUUAGCUAGCUAGCCAUAGUAUGAUAUUCCAAGUGAAUAAUUAAUUAAAAUAAUUGUUGCUUGUUAUGGUUGAUGUUAUUUACCGGCUCUAGUUAAAUCAAGUAGUGUAGGUGGCAUUGUAAUCAGUGAAAUGGUUCUUGCCAGAUUUUCAUAGCAGCCCUUCAAGUGGGGCACUAUGUAAAAAAUUCAUGGCCAAACAAUAUUAUGUAGUAUGACGUUAUGCUUUUCAA